CCGGCGUCCCAACGACCGGCGCCCGGGGUCUCUCCCUGCUCUCGCUCUGGUGACCGCCGGGCUCGGAAGGCUUCCCCGAUGCGGCGCCGACUGAGGUGGCGCUCAGCUCUGGCCCUCGCGCCCGCCCUGCUCGCACCCCACGUCCACACCCUGGCCCGCCUCUCCCGCCUCGCCUCGCCUCGCCUCCCCGAGAAGCUCCGAGGGCGGCCGGCAGAGUUCCGGAGGUGGCAACGGAUUCCUCGCCCACCGAUUCUGGUUCUCUGCGUCCCGUUUACAGCCCAGUGACCUUGUUGACACGCUCUGAGUCCCCAGGGCCGCCCCAAAAGGAACACUGGGUGGAUUCGUGAAACUGCGCCAAGGGAAGGGUCAACCGAGAUGGUCCCGCGGCACCCUGGGCUACUCCGGUCUGAGACCUUGGGGAAGGUCCCCUGCCCCCACUCCGGUACAGCUGGAAGCUGGCCCGCCGUUUCCUGCGCCAAGGCCUGUGACCUUGGAAAGUGUGAGGGAAGACUAGUCCCAGACCGAUCUCCCUGGAGGAGGAGGACGGUGGUUCAAACCUGCAAAGAGAAUUCUGUCUGCUGCCUGGUCCCCCUCUGGCUUCGGUGAUGGUGGAGCUCCACAGGCCCUGCAGAGAAGUGGAACCUACAAGGAACAGUGCCAUCUCUGGGUACAACAGGAUCACACAUGAUUGUAUUCCUGUCCGGAUUUCUUCACUGGCUUGCCCUACUUCUUGAUGGACAGAAAGACAGAAUUUUACAGAAAACUGUAACAUCCCUUGCUGAGCUACAAAUGCAAAUAGGAGCCCUGUAAACUGCAGAGGGCUAUGUGCCCCAUCACGGAGAGUAUAUUCAGGAGUUCAUGUCAUCCUCACAUUAGCCCUGUGAUGGGUCUUGCCCUCUGCAUUUCAGAGAUCAGGAAACAGAGGCAGAGAAGAGGAAUGGUUUGCCCAGUGCCACAGGCAGGUUCCCUUGGUCCCAGCCUAAUUCAGCCUCUCUGAACCCAUGCCUCAAGGGUGAUCGCCAUGGCUGACUUCCCCUAGCCUGGCCUGGAGCUGAUGGCCUGAAGAAGUGGGGGCCAAAGAGCUGUCACCAGUAAUUUGGGUUUCAAAGAAUUCCUAUUUGUUUUGGCCAGGGUUUGCCUGAUUUGGGUGGAGUAGCCCAGCCCACCCUGUCCCCAGAAUUUUCACCAACUGUUAAGGGUCUCCUCAGUGGGUCCCUGGUCCACUUUCCUGCCUGCCCUGUCAUCUACAACUCCUGAUAUGCAGGUGUCUGCUACUGACCCUCUGCAACCUGACUUGAUCCUUGCCCAUCGAUGGCACCCCCAGACUGGAGCCCCAAGAGGCUCUGGGUCCAGAGUCCCCAGCUGUGAUGGCAAGGCCUUGCUGAGGGGAACUAGCCCCCUCCCCCACCCUGGCCUGGGCAGGUCUAUACUGGUGUCCUUGGUGAUAAGAGACCUGGGCUGCUUCUCCUAGCACUAAGCAGGCAGGAGAUAAAUAGUAAUGGAAAGAAGGAGGAAGGGUGAGGAGGAGUCUCCCCACUCCAGACCUCCCUACUUCUCUCCCCCAGGACUCCACAGCUCCUCAGAACCUCCCUCUACUGCUGAGUUGUCAGAGCUCAGUGUGGGAUCAGGACCAGAGUGCAGUGUGGGCCAACUUCAGUGGGAGGUCAGGGUCAAGGUUUAAAGUCAGAGUCAAGGAUCUGGCUGGGGCAGAAGUAAGUCAGCCAGGGUUAGACAAUGACCCUCCAGCCCUUCCAGGGACAGCCCACCCUACCUUGGGGGGUAUAAGAUACUGGUUCCUUCAGGAACCUUCCAUAACACCAGCAGCUGGUGGCUCUAAGCAUGCCAUCCCCCCUCUCCAGCUCUGGUGUCCAGGGUGACCAGAGCUGCCUCUGGGCAGGAAGCCAGCCCAGAAAGCCCAGGACAUCCCUGAGCGCCUGUCACCAUGGCAACAUGCCCACUAUGCCCCCCCAACCCAAGUCCUGUAUGUUUUUUUUCAAAUCAAGAACGUCAGGAAAGGAAGGGCCUAAUAGAUCAGCAGAUUCCUGUCCCUCCCUUUGUCCCAGAUGGAGAAACUGAGGCCAAAUGGAAAAGGGAGGGGACACCUGUUGAUUAAGGACCCGUCCCCAGACUGCCCUCCUCCCUCUCCCCACCCCCACCACCUCAGGGUCGGGUUGUGGGGUCUGGAGUCCGGUCUCCCAGGAGGCGGCAAGGUCGGGGGAGCGGGUUCUCCCCUCCUUCCUCUCUGCUUUCCUCUCCCCUCCCCUCCACAAUGACGGUGCGGGCUGCCUCCCAGGAACCUGACGCCGACGAUGAAUAAAUGAUGUCUGCCAGUGGCCAGAGCUCACUGCCACGGUCCCCAAGCGCCGACUGGCCGGGGGCGGUCACCGGGCACCUCCGCGCUGCCACUCGCUCCCGGAUCUGCAGCGGAGCGCGCGCGGCGGGAGGAGAUGGCGGGGCGGCGGCGGGGCGCGGGGCCCCUCUGGGCGCUGGGCGGUGCCGCACUGGGCUUUUGCCUCGCGGGGGUCGCCGGGCAGCUGGUGGAGCCCAGCACAGCCCCACCCAAACCCAAGCCACCUCCACUGACCAAGGAGACGGUGGUGUUCUGGGACAUGCGCCUGUGGCACGUAGUGGGCAUCUUUUCACUCUUCGUACUGUGCAUCAUUAUCACCCUGUGCUGCGUCUUCAAUUGCCGUGUACCACGGACCCGGAAGGAGAUUGAAGCCCGGUACCUGCAGCGAAAGGCAGCCAAGAUGUACACAGACAAGCUGGAGACCGUGCCGCCCCUCAAUGAGCUCACAGAAAUCCCCGGAGAGGAGAAGAAGAAGAAGAAGAAGGACAGUGUGGACACAGUGGCCAUCAAGGUAGAAGAGGAUGAGAAGAAAGAGGCCAAGAAGAAGAAAGGAGAGAAAUGAGGAGGGGGUCCUGGCAGAGGCCACUGCGGCUGCAGCCCUGGAGCUCAUGCCCAGGUCAGGACCGAGGCAUCUUAAACUUGGAGCUCAGCAUGGACCACAGAGUCUGUGAUCAGAUGGGGAAGCUGAGGUCAGAGCCACAUUUUCAUGGCCCAACAGGGGCAGGGACAAGACUACACAGGUGUUGGGACUCCCAUCCUGGAGUCCACUCCUUCCCCCCAUCCAUGUGGGCACUUUCAGUGGGCCACUG